UCUUUAUCCCAGUCUGUUAAUUUGGUUGAGAGGAGGUAACACAAGCAAGGACAGGAAAAAAGGUGGUAACUAAAUUUCAAGUACAGAAGAAUCAUUCUAGCUAUGAGAAGAGUAGUCAAAUUAAGCUGCUAGUUGAGGUAAUGACUGCCUCAUCCUCAACUGACAAUCCAUGAUUUAGCCACUAAAUUGCUAAAGGGAUCAUAAGAAAUUAAGACUGUUUCUUUCAGGAGGACUCAUAGUAGUUAAGAGGCCUGGAGAGGGGGAAUGCUUUUCUGCUCCCAGUAUAUAUAUUUUUAAUAUAGAUUUACAAGAGGUUUUCAUGAAGGGUUUUUUUUUUUUUUUUUAAAUGGGAUACAGUAAAGGGAUCUAUUUGACACCUGUCCUCAGACAUGUGGCAGUUUUCCUUAAAUUAUCCAGUUCCUCAUCUGUUGCUUUUUCAUUUUGUAUACUGCAUGUUCCCAGGCAACUCUCAAAUUUGUAAACACAGCUAUGGACACACUAUUUGCUUUAACAGUAGUUACCUGGAAAUCUAGGUCUCUGUUUUCGUUACAUUCCCCUCCCCUACAUUUCUUAAUCAUAUAUAACUAACAUUUGUGGUUACAGGUUGACUUUCAAGUUCCUAAGUCUGUGUCUGAUGGUUUGAAGCAAGAGAAGAAUGAGUAAUGAGGAACUGGUCACUUUGAACGUGGGAGGGAAGAUAUUCACUACAAGGUCUUCAACCUUAAAGCAGUUUCCUGCCUCUCGGUUGACACGAAUUUUAGAUGGCAGAGACCAAGAAUUCAGGAUGGUUGGUGGCCAGAUUUUUGUAGACAGAGAUGGUGUUUUAUUUAGUAUCAUCUUAGAUUUUUUGAGAACUCACCAGCUUUUAUUACCUACUGACUUUUCAGACUAUCUUAGGCUUCAGAGGGAGGCUGUAUUCUAUGAACUUGAUCCUCUGGUGGAUCUCUUAAACCAAGAACACCUGCUACAGCCAAGACCUGCUCUUCUGGAGGUGCAUUUCCUAAACCGAAACACUCAAGCUUUUUUCAGGGUGUUUGGCUCUUGCAGCAAAACAAUUGAGAUGCUAACUGGGAGAAUUACAGUGUUUACAGAGCAACCUUCAGCAUCAACUUGGAGGAGUAACUCUUUCCCUCCUCAGAUGACCUUACUUCCACUGCCUCCACAAAGACCUUCUUACCAUGACCUGGUUUUCCAGUGCGGCUCUGACAGCACUACUGAUAGCCAAACUGGAAUCAGGUAUGUUUCCAUAAAACCUGACAACCGAAAACUGGCCAAUGGAACUAAUGUCCUCGGCUUACUGAUUGACACUUUAUUAAUGGAAGGCUUCCAUCUGGUCAGCACCAGAACAGCAUUCUCUGAAGACAAAACUGAAUGCUAUAGCUUUCAAAGGAUAAAAAAGCCUGAAGCUCUUGCCAUGAACAAAACACUGAAACCAGAGAGUACCUUCAUGGCAGAGCAAUCUCAGAAAAAGAAAUGAGGUUCUCUGUUCUCUUUUAGAGGAAAAAGAAAUUGCCAUUUUCUUGUUUGGAAAUUACAUAUUUAGGGCAUAUAUGUUAGUCACAUAUGUACUCAGCCUAACUUUCUGGCCUUCUGCCAUGCCACCUUUGGG